AUGACUCUCUUCUUCGACACAAAAGUGCAGUUUCCCGACCAGGAUGCGGUCAGCACGGUGGCCGUGUGGCACAGACAGGAGCCAUUCCUGGCCGUGGCGUACUACAGUCAGGACAGAGGAGGUUCCGUGACGAUUUUCAGUGACACGGGAGAAACCAUUCCAAAUGUCACCUUCCCGGUGAAUCCAGUGUCUCAGGCGACUGCCCUGGCGUGGCAUCCGGAGAAGAAGCUUCUGGUCAGCGGCUGGGAGAACGGCGACGUGCUCACGUGGACGGAGGGCGGGCGUGAGUUCGCGUCCAUCAAGGGGCCCCACAAGAGCCCCAUCGUGCUGCUGGCGUUCAGCGAGUCCAGCGUGGGCGGUCGGCUCGUGAGCGGCGACUCGAUGGGCGUGCUCACGGGCUGGCGCUGCGACGCGCACGGCCAAUUCCUCACGGCCUUCACGCACGACCUGCGCGAUCCCUUCCUGCACGUCACGUUCCGCCGCCACGUGCAGAGUCCCGUGGCCGCCGAGUUGACGAACCUGGCAAGAGCCGCGGUGGCCGGAGAUGAAUCCGCUUUGGACACGCUCACGAAUUGGCGGCCCAGGACAGCGGCGCGCGGACUCACGCACGCUGGCGUGAAGGACAAUCACUGCUUCUACGUGGGCACGCAAUCCGGGGCGAUGUUUUACGUGAAUCAGGCGGGAACGUGCACAGAAGUGCUGCGCCUGGAGAGUUCGCCGAUCACGCAGGUUCUGUGGCACCCGAAGCGGGACGCCAUCGUGACGCUGAUGGAGGACAUGACGGUGGCGCACUACUUCGUGGAGUCCGGCGGGAGUCUCACGGAGCUGGACAGGGUGAAGCUGAGUGGAAGGAAGCCCGGAUGCAACGGCGUGAUUUCCUGGGCGGGAAGCGCUCUUGCCAUCAUCACGGGCGAUCUGAGUGUGAGAAUCUGGGACAUUGACACGAGUGACAACUUCCUCUUGCCCAUGGAGACGUCAGAUGCCGGCGCUCAGGUGCAGAAAUCCGCCUCGGAAGCCUUCACUUGCCUCGCCUUCUGUCCGGACACUCAAACUCUCUGCGCCGGCACAAAUCAGGGCAAUCUCUACAACUGGCGCCGGAUGAAUUACUCCCCAGACGCGUCGCCGGAGAACGUGUGGCAGCUGAACAACGUCACAACCGUCCGCGGAUCCGUGAAGCAGUGCUCGUGGGGCGUCACGGAGAUCGGGCAGUCGUGCAUCGUGGCCAAUUGCAUCUCCAAUGUGUUCAUCCUCAAGGAACAGCUGCUGGCCGCCGCGCACUGUCGCAAUCUGUGGGCCGUGCAGAAGAGCAUCAGUCAGUGCGCGAUUGAGCACGCGGCGGGCAAGACAAAGACUCUGGAGUCGGACAUCGCCGUGACCAGCCUGGCGCUGUCCGAAGGCUUCAUCGCCGUGUCGAAUGGGAAGAGCGUGACGGUGUUCAAGGUGGCGACGGAGGACGAAUUGGGCGGCAAAGGGGGGCAACUCAAAGUGAAGACUCAUCAGAGUUUUAUUGCCGAGUGUCUGCAAUUAUUCCUGCAUGAGCAGAAUCUCAUCCUGCUGACGUCCAACGACGUGAGAAUUGUCUCCCUCGGGGGUGUCCUGCUGCAGGAGAUAGCCUUUAAGGACACCGAAGGAAAGCCAAUCGGGGCGGACUUGACGGGCAGCUACCUGACACUGUUCACGAUGAAUGGCUAUCUCAAGAUUUACGACGUGAGUCGCCAUGAGCCGAAGCUGGUCACGGCGCCAAAGUCCGGACACAGCAUGUUCGACAGCUUCGGGGAGUUCAUCGUGGCCAGGAGCAAUCUGCGCGGCAGCCACUUGGCGGCCAGCGUGGCCACGGAGAGUCUGCUGCCGGACGGGAAGCUGUAUUUGUGGGACAUUGAGAAGGACGUGGUGCAUCCGUUUGACUUCUUCAGCGCCGUCACGCGGCACGACAGCUUCUUCGCGCGGCUGCCCGUGUCGUUCCGCUGGGAUGCGGAGGACGCGCGGCUGCUGGUGUGCGAGGUGAGGUGCAUCCAGCAGAAGUCGCGCACCACGGAGGAGCGCCAGUCGCACAUGCAGACCGUGACGGAGUCGCAGGCGUGCGUGAUGUUCGUGUCGGAGCGCGGAGGCCUGCAGGAGCUGGAGACCAUCAAUCUGUCGCCCGGGGAGCAAUUGGUCAACCUGUGUGCGCCACACAUCAUAACGCUGCGAAUCAAUAAUAUCGGACGGAUUGCUCUGCGAGAUUUCAAAGGGCUUGAAAAAUGCGACCCAUCAACGCGAAAAAUGGUGCUGGAUUUCAGCUUGAAUGUUGCCCAAGGGAAUAUGGACCACGCUUUCAGAUGUAUCAAAUCCAUCCAGUCGGAGGCUGUGUGGCGCAAUUUGGCGCAGAUGUGCGUUCACACGGGCCGCUUGGAUGUGGCGAAAGUGUGUCUGGGGCACCUGAAGCGCGCCUCCUCGGUGAGAGCGCUGCGGCGCGCGAUGGAGGACGACACGCUGGAGGACGAGGCGCGCAUCGCCGUGCUGGCCAUUGAGCUGGACAUGAUUGAGGAGGCGGAGGCGCUGUACAAGAAGUGCGGCCGAUAUGAUCUGUUGAAUCGUCUGCUGCAAGCGUGCGGGCGCUUCGAGGAGGCGCUGCAGAUUGCUGAGCAAUGCGAUCGUGUGCACCUGAAGAACACGUACUUCAAGUACGCCGAGUGGCUGCGCGAGUCCGGAGACAUCGAGGGAGCCAUCAAGUACUUCGACAAGUCCCACAACUCCACACACAACGUCACGCAAAUGCUGAUUGAUGACCCGGCGGCUCUCAGGCAAUACAUGGCGAGCACAACGGACUCGAGCAUGCUUAAAUGGUGGGGUCAGUACGUUGAGAGCACGGGAGACAUGGAGAUGGCGUUCAAGAUAUACCAGAAGGCCAACGAUUGGUUCUCCCAAGUGAGGAUUCUUUGCUUCCUGGGCCAAUUGUCACGUGCUGAGACCACGGCGCGACACAGUGGCGAUCAGGCGGCUUGCUAUCACUUGGCGCGACACUAUGAGAACAUCGGGAGGCCACAAGAGGCCAUCCAGUUCUACACGAGAGCCCAAACGUACGGCAAUGCCGUGAGGAUUUGCCGGGAGAAUGACUUGCGUGAGGAGCUGUGGACAGUGGCGAAUGCGGCUCGUGGCAGAGACAAGGCGGCCGCGGCGGCGUACUUUGAGGAGUGCGAGGAUUUUAAGCGAGCCGUGGAAUUGUACCACAGAGCUGGAAUGCUGCACAAGGCUGUGGAGAUGGCUUUUGCCUCGCAACAGCCUGAGACACUGCAAGUGAUUGCUUCGGAGUUGGAUGCAUCGUCAGAUCCUGAGCUUGUGUCGCGCUGUGCUGACUUCUUCUUGAGCAUCGAACAGGCUCAGAAGGCUGUUCAACUGCUGGCCAACACGAGGCAAUUCCAGCGAGCACUGGAGAUUUGUCGCGAACGAGGAGUUCCUGUGACAGAGACGUUUGCUGAGCUUCUGACGCCGACCAAGGAUGAGGCAGACGAUGAGACUCGCAGUGGGAUUUUGAUCACGCUGGGGGAAUUACUGCAGGAGCAGGGCGAUUAUCACACGGCCACGAAGAAGUUCACCCAAGCGGGUGACAAAGUGAGGGCGAUGAAGAGUCUGCUGAAGUCUGGAGACACGGAGAAGAUCAUCUUCUUUGCGAGCAUGUCGCGUCAGAAGGAAGUUUACAUCAUGGCGGCGAACUACUUGCAAGCCCUCAAUUGGCAGAAUGAUGCCAAAGUGCUGAAGAAUAUCGUGACUUUCUACUCCAAAGGACAGGCUUUCGAUCUCCUGGCCAAUUUCUACGUCACCUGCGCUCAGGUGGAGAUUGAUGAGUAUCGGGACUAUGAGAAGGCUUUGAAGGCCUUGCUGGAGGCCAAUCGGUGUCUGUCGAAGCUGCCCAACGCCAAGAGAUCGGUGGAUCAGCUGGAAUUGACCAUUGCGGAGUGUCGGCGAGUGCUAGAGCUGCAGGAGAGCAUGUCAAGGGGUGAGAAUCAGGCUGUGAUUGCGGGAUGUCGCAAUAUUCUUGCGCACACUGUGGAGAAACCUCCGGUGCGUCAUGCUGACAUCCUGGUGCUGCUCGUUGAGGCUUAUGCAGCUUCGAGACUGUUCCCGGAAGCCCUCAAUGCCGUCAAGGAUCUCUCCAGUCGGGCGCCGGAUUGGGCAUCGCGAGGACUGAUUGAGAGGUCUCUGAUCGAGAGGAUUUCGUCAGAAUGCGGUGUUCCAGUGGAGAGUGUGUGGAUGUCGGGAAGACAGCGACAAACUUCAGCAACGCCUGAUGAUGACGAAGAGGAAAUCCAGGAGAUGGUCUUCAAUUAGAGUCUCCACUGCAUUCUCUCGGUCAAUCAGGUAGAAAUUCGGUGCCUAUAAAAGACCACGUUUCGGAAGGACAAUUUCAUUUGCUGCUGAAAAGUUGAAGAGUGAACAUCCAGUUCAACAUACAUUCAUACAGAUCAAACAUGUGCUCGAAGUGUGUUGUGAAUUGUAACUGUGAAACUCAGACUGAGUCUGAGCAAUCAACUCUCGCAGAAACCAGCUGGGACAACGCUCCUUGUGUGCCUGUUCAGGAGGCCAAAGAGGAAAUAAUGCUGGAAAUCAUCGGAAACUUAGCGAGAAGAUAUCAAACUCCAAGUCAUUAUAACCGUGUUCUAUACGCGGAAACCUCUCUUUGAGUUCACGGAGAAAUGCAGCCAAAGCUAUCAGAGAAUCACCACGUGAGUCUUCUUGUAUCCUGUGAAAUGUCGCCAUCUGCCAAGAAGCCGAUCUGCAGAAACAACUAUCGUGACGAUGUUGAAUUAACGACUGUGCUGAAGAUCAUGAGGAAAAGUAUCGGAAUAGCAGACUAUUUAUCAGGUGUGUUUAUUCAUCGUAGUAACGUUUCGACAAAUAUGUCACCAUCAUCAACUAUCGUGAGUUACAAAGAAGUUCUAAGUUUAGAAAAGUUAAUGUUUAAAAUUAUGU